UAUUGGGUCCCUUGCAGGAAGCUGCUCGCCAGACUUUUCGUCAAAAUAUGUCCUAGCAAUGUCAAGCUCUGAGAGAUUCGUUUUCACGGCGUCCUUGGUUAACUCUUUCGUGGUCUGCCGUCCAAAGGAGCCCCCCUUUGUUGCCCACCCUCACUAGCACGCUGCCUGCUCUGACCCGGACUGCAGUGUCCAAAACAACUGUGGUUCCGUGCCAAACACGGCCAUACCCGGGACAAUGAACCAGCACCAGCCGUUGCAGCCGCAAGAAGCAAUGGCUCAGCCUCGAUACCAAUACCACCAGGGAAUACUGAACUGGGACGUGCCACACUUGAUUCCGGUCCGGGUGCCGCAGGUCAGUGCGUGCCCUUACAGCGCGUCAAACAGAAAAGACAACUCCUCCUAUUUGCUUCUGGAACCUAACAACCACUCAAAACCGUCACCGGACGUGUCUGUCUUCACCAGACUAAUGUCAGAGAUGGGCUCCAUGACGGGCGGUUCUGGUCCAAUUCAAGGCUACUUCCGCCCGGAGCAGUCAUACUCGGGGAUCAAAGUCCAGGAGUACAAUAACAGCGUGCACAGCUUGCCCACGACCAAUCCACCGCGCUCUCCCCACUCAGACUCGCGCCAUUUGUGCAACUUGAGCUUCCCGGUGCUGCCAUAUCCAGACACUGACAUCAAGCGCGUUAUUGAUGACUUAGCGCUGGGCAGCAGUGAGUGUCAAGCCCAGAGAAGCGAUAGCAGCAGCAUCAUCCUGGCCAGUCAGACCAACACGGGAGACUUAGUCAUAGGUUUACGGCGAGACAAGCCCUCAUCAGUCUUACCCGAGGGCGAUAAAAGUCCCAGACAGGAGACGCAAGAGGAUGCAACAUUCGAAAAUGAUGCGUCCUGUGGAUGGCUGUGGGCGAAGGCGGGGAGGAAGAAGCGCUGUCCUUACAGCAAAUACCAAACCCUGGAGCUGGAAAAAGAGUUCCUCUUCAACGUGUAUCUGACUCGCGAUCGCCGCCUGGAGAUCGCUCGCAGUGUCAACCUCACUGACCGUCAAGUCAAAAUCUGGUUCCAGAACCGCCGCAUGAAGAUGAAGAAGAUGACACGGGAACACAGAACCAGGGACACGGUCACACAUUUCCCCAUCUGAUUCCUCACAAACAUGGUGCGCAGCGACAGGCCUACAUGGACAUGACUGAGUGCAGGAGCACGGGAUGAUGCAAAGUCAAUAAUAGGAUGGACCAUAUACUGAAGGAUGUGGCGAUAGAAGGUUCUGAUUUGAAGGAUGUGGAGAUAGAAGGUUCUGAUCUGAAGGAUGUGGAGAUAGAGGUUCUGAUCUGAAGGAUGUGGAGAUAGAGGUUCUGAUCUGAAGGAUGUGGAGAUAGAGGUUCUGAUUUGAAGGAUGUGGAGAUAGAAGGUUCUGAUCUGAAGGAUGUGGAGAUAGAGGUUCUGAUCUGAAGGAUAUGGAGAUAGAGGUUCUGAUCUGAAGGAUGUGGAGAUAGAGGUUCUGAUCUGAAGGAUGUGGAGAUAGAAGGUUCUGAUCUGAAGGAUGUGGAGAUAGAAGGUUCUGAUCUGAAGGAUGUGGAGAUAGAGGUUCUGAUCUGAAGGAUGUGGAGAUAGAGGUUCUGAUCUGAAGGAUGUGGAGAUAGAGGUUCUGAUCUGAAGGAUGUGGAGAUAGAGGUUCUGAUCUGAAGGAUGUGGAGAUAGAGGUUCUGAUCUGAAGGAUGUGGAGAUAGAGGUUCUGAUCUGAAGGGUGUGGAGUUAGAGGUUUUGAUCUGAAGGGUGUGGAGAUAGAGGUUCUGAUCUGAAGGAUGUGGAGAUAGAAGGUUCUGAUCUGAAGGAUAUGCUGGAUGAAAGUACUAUCUAUGUCCUAUACAGUUUGCAUGAGGAUAUGGUGGCUCCUACCGGUUACAAUUGAGUUUUUCCAUGAAGGAGAAAUAUCGGGAAGCUUUUUCUUUCUCCAUACCCCUGUCCCGCAACACCCUUCAUAAAAGCACUUUAUUUGAUCAUUAUUUAAACAACUGUCUUGUAGUUGUUUCUUGAUAGUUCAUUGGAAUGAUUGCAACGUUGCUUAAUAAUUGGUAUUUUUGCCAGACAUAGGCUACCGUCUUGAAUCGAAAACUAUUGCUUACAGUUCAUGCAUGCUAGGCUAUGGGAAGCCAAUUUAAAAGGAUUACUUUAUUUAUGACGUGAGCACUAUUUUAUUUAUUUUCGGACGUAAUGUAUUUGUAAGCGCUAAAAAAUGUGCACCAAUAAGCACAAUAUUUUGAACUUCAAUUUUGUAAAAUAGGAAGGAUUUAAAACAUUAUUUCUUGUUUAUACGGAGUCCCUUUUCAGCUUGACUUGAAACAAAGGAUGUGUUGAUUACAAUAAUGAAUGAUUUGAUUAUAAAAUGUUUUCUAAAUGAGAGCAUUUGAAUUAAAGGUUACGCUUUCUAUGAUAUAGCGAAACAGGUUCCUACGCACAUGAGCCCACCACGUUCCAUCAGGCAAGCCUGGGAAAUAAUAUAUAUUUUUGUCUUGUAUUGUAAAUUUCUAAGAUAAUAUUUGUUUUGAUAUAGUUUCGCCUAUCACUUCUGCUUGAAUAAAUAUUCCCCAGUUCCUAUAUUUCUUAAUUUGCAACUUCGAUAUGUAUAGAUAGAUGGAGAAAAACAUACAGAAUAUUUUGUUUUGGGUACAUCCCAUUGCAACAACUUCUAGUUCUAGACAACCUAUUACCACCCUUAGCCCAUUCCUCUUCCUAGGAGCCUACUCCUACAUGGUCAUAUGAGCUCCAGUAAUGUGAUUAUUCUUCCUGUAGUGAUGAUUGUAAUUGCUGUAACUAUGAUUAUUAGGCUAGUAUGUGUGGUUUGCAGUAGCGUAGUUGUAUGCUGUAAUUUCCUUAUCAUAACAAGCAAUGCCAAUGCAUAUAUUUGGUUUAUACAAGGUCUAUUUUAAAACAAUUUAAUCUGAUUUAGAAGUGAUUCCUUGUAAAAACGAAUAACAUACAUAAUAUACUUUGUCAAGGUUAGCCUACAUCUAUCGUAUCCCUUUAACUUUAUUUACCUUGUUCACUACCUAGCUGCGUUCAGUGGCCACCAUUGUUUUCUAGCCUACCUUCUGAAUUCAAAAUAUGUAUAUAUCUUUUUUUCAAAAGCCAAGUGGCAGAUGCCAGAGUUUCCGCUGCUGAUUUGAGGGUUGUUAGCCAACGUCUUUAACGUCCUCUGGGAACAGUGUAGGUCUACAUGCAUUCCACAUAGAAUUUCCUCUUCUUUUUCUUCUUCCAGAUUGUUAGAGAUUGGUCGAGCUGGAAUUAUGAUCUGGUCUGUGACAUUUAUAGCCUUUUUACCACAUCAUCAUGAUAACCACUGCACGUUAAAAAAAAGUAAUAACGUGCGCGUAUUUAGUGUGUGCAUAUGAUUAUUUAAUCCCCAUUGAUUCCGUUUGUAUCCAGAUUUAUGGAUUCAUUCGACGUUAUUGACGUUAUCUAUCGUUUCAUUCUGCAUGGACUUUUUCUGAUAUUGUUUGAAUAGGAAGAUUUGAUGGAAAACACAUGGCGCAACUUCCCCACACUGGAUACUGGAUAUUGGCCUUUUGUCUGUUGGCCUUUUGUCUUAAAAGGAGACUGUGUAGCGUCUCCUGCUAGCAUCGCCAUAUUGAGGAGCGCACGAUUUUAGUGACGCUGUCUGGGGCAUCCAGGUUUUAUCAGGGGCAAUUGACAGGGCAUUUAUUGUAGACUCAGGAAGUCCGGGUAGCGGAUGUGUCCCAGGGAUUAUAGUACUGUACUUUUCACUACAAUAGUAUUGCCUGCUAUUGUGGUUAACAAAGACGUCUUAACGUGCGUUAUAGGCCUUUAUGUGCAUGAUUGAAAUGGCAUGGGCAUGCUACUUCCUCUCAUAUUCUUCAUUCCUACUGUAUUGCAGUUUGUAUCUUGUCUCGUUUUAUAACUGCUGAUCACUUUAGUAGGGUAGUAUAUAUGGAAUAAAGGCUACAUUUAAAAAAAAAAAUGUUAUUCAUGUAGCGGAACCAAGAAUAACGUUUAUGGAUGGUCACCCACGUUUAAAAGGCAAUGAGAACUUGUCCAGUGGCUCAAUCAGGUUCUCUGAAGGUCUUUGAAGAGAAUAUGAGACAAAGCUGUUGUGUGAUUUAGGUAGUUUCAAGUUGUUGGGCUGGACGCGUAUCACAGGAACCUGAAACUACCUGAAUUACUCCAGUACUGCACAUCAACGCUCGUGCGUAAUGGACGAAUGCAACAACAACGAGAAUGAGCCGUUUCCACAUGUCUGCGCACUACCCUCCAUUUUGUUAUUGCACACUAAAAAUGGAUUCAAUAUUAUCUAGAAAAGUUGUUAUUGUUGGCAUGUACUUCACUCCCAAGAGUCAACUUAUUGCUCAUGGGCUUGUGGGGAGUUAAACGGCUAAUUUAAGCCUCCCCCAAAAUACCUGUGUACACCUGGGUGUGAUGAACGCUUCUUCUAAUAUAAUACAUUGUAUGAAGUACAGCAUGCCCAGAUGCCGUAAAUUAUCUACAUUAAAAACACCAGCACCGGGCUCUACCUCAUACUCACACCAGCUUGUUUUUACUUUGCGUCAGGGGCAAUGCUCAUAUGUAAUUUGCAGGCAAUUUAAUAGCACAUUAACAUUUACCGUCUACAAUACAUUUUCUAACUUCUAUCUUGUUUCAACUUUGUAAUACAAGACAAAUAUCAUUCACCAUUUUUUUGUUCUAAUUUUCUGCAUUGUGAUCACGAACUUUUCAAUAAACUUCAAUGAACAAA